GCGGACCCGGGCCGCCAUGGCGUCGCCCCCGCAGGCGGCAGAGAGCGGCGGUGAGGGCAGCUCGGGAUCCGGGGAGACGGCGCUGCCGCCGGGACCAGACCUGCCCGCGCUAUUCGAGCAGGCGGCAGAGCGCCUGCCGGGGCUGCUGCCCGCCGCCAGCAAGGAGCAGCUGCUCUACCUGUACGCCCGUUACAAGCAGGUGAAAUUUGGAACCUGUAACACUCCCAAGCCAAGCUUCUUUGAUUUUGAGGGAAAGCAGAAAUGGGAGGCUUGGAAAGCCUUGGGAGACACCAACCCUCAUCAAGCUAUGCAGGAAUAUGUUGCUGCAGUGAAAAAACUGGACCCCAGUUGGAAUCCUCAGAUGGCAGAGAAGAGGGCAAAGGAAAGCAAAACUGCAUUUGGAGGCCCAGUUGUCAGCUCUUUAUAUCAAGAAGAAACAAUCAGGGAAGAAGACAAGAACAUUUUUGAUUACUGCAGAGAAAACAAUAUUGACUAUGUAACCAAAGCCAUUCGAUCAAAAAAAGUGGAUGUGAAUGUCACAGAUGAGGAGGGUCGGGCUCUGCUCCACUGGGCAUGUGACAGAGGACACAAGGAGCUGGUUUCAGUACUGUUACAGCAUGCUGCAGAUGUUAACAGCCAGGAUGGGGAAGGCCAGACUGCACUUCAUUAUGCCGCCGCCUGCGAGUUUCUGGAUGUGGUGGAGCUGCUGCUCAAGUCGGGAGCUGACCCCACGCUGCGGGACCAGGAGGGCUGCCUGCCCGAGGAGGUGACAGACUGCAAAGCCAUCACUUGUGCCCUGCAGCAGCACAGUGCUGGGAAGAUCUGACAGGGGCAGAGGCUCCGGAUCCCACCCUUCUCCUUCCCUGCUGCCCUCCUGAAGGGUUCUCCAAGGGCAGUUUGUAGAGCACAGGGUCUGAGCGUACUCUCCAGCAUGAGGGGCUGGCUGGCCAGUAUGGGAACAGGGUUUUAUGCGUGCUGUCACAUUUAUAAGUAUUUACAGGGGGGCAGGAGAGACGGAGGAGAGAGAGGGUCUGGAGAAGGAUCCUGGUACUGUUCUGGUAUAGUAAACACAAGUACUGCGUUGGAUGCCUGGCCAGAACAGCCUCUGCUGACCAGUUGGCUCCUCUUUGGGGAGGACUCUCUGGGCCAGGUGAGAUCCUCAUCUCUCUGGUUCAAGUUGAGUUUUGGUUUGUUUGGGUUUUUUCCCCUGGGUCCAAACAAAAUGCUAUAAAUAAAAGCACAGUGUUGGGA